AUGUGGAAAAAUGUUUACCGAAUACAACUGACAGUUGAAGGAGUAACUCGGCUUAAAAAUUGCUUUCCUAAUAGAGUAAUUCAUAUGCAAGCAAUUUAUUAUGAAGAUAUUCUUAAAUCAAGAUCAAUUCAGCCAGAAAGAAGCAAAUUAGGUGUACCUAAAUUAAAGAUAUUAGCUUUUCAAAAAGAGCUUAAGGAAUCGACCAAAAAUAAAAAAAUAACAGAACGCAUACAAACCUUAAAUUUAGAAUUUCAAUCAAAUGCUAAAGGAUCCACCAAUAUUGUAGCACAAAAUGAAUCACAAAAUACACAUGAAUCACGUAAACGUAAACGAAAAGCUAAACGAAUUCCUAAUUCAGAAGAAGAAAGCCUUUUAGAACCUUUAAUUUUGAGUCAAAAUGAACUAACAAAUGAACAAAUGAAAGAAAAAUUGAAUACCUUGUCGAAUGAAUAG